AUGAACAUCGGAAGCGACAUUGAGCUUGUGUCCGCUUCGCCUAUGGAGAGAGCUCUACCUCGUCAUCUUGACACCGACGAUUUUGCUCGUCUGAGCAAACGCGUCGUCCUGAAACUCGACCUCUUGCUCCUGCCCUUCUUGUGUCUAUUGUUCUUGCUUAAUUCUCUAGACAAGUCCAAUGUCGGAAACGCAGAAUCUGGUCAUUUCACUGAAGACCUCGGAUUACCCAAGUCCGCCUUGAACGUUUCUGUCGCCUGGUUCUUUGCUGUCUUUGUCUCUUGCCAGCCGAUCGGUGCCUACUUCGGUCGCAAGUAUGGUAUGGCUCGAUGGGUCCCGGCUACCAUGAGUCUCUGNGGGGUCUGUACGGCUCUUCACAUUGCUGUGCAGUCUCAGACUCAACUAGUCACACUGAGAGUACUCAUCGCGGCACUGGAAUCUGGUUUCUACCCCACCGUGGUCAGCUACCUGAGUCUCUGGUAUACUCGUUACGAGUUUGGCAAGCGCUUGGCAUUUUUUUACGGUCAAGCAGCUCUCGCUGGAUGCUUUGGAGGCCUCCUAUCUUGGGCGGUGUUCAGUUACUUUCCCCAUGAUGACCCUACUCCACGGAUAGCUGCGAGAAAGUGGAGAAGUUGGGAGGUUCUGUUCCUCAUCGAAGGCUGUCUGACAAUUCUAGUGGCAUUUGUUGGAUUCUUCUGGCUUCCGCACAGCGCCAACACGGCCUGGUUUCUGACUGCCGAUGAACGCCUUGUCGCAGAAGAGCGUAUCCGAAGAGAUCAUAUUGCUGCAGCCAGUUCUUGGGUCAUCCCAAAGCAGCAAUCAGAUCUCGAUGUCCAGGAACGAAUAUCAUCCAACCUUCCAGAACCUCGUCCAUCUCUGUCACUGGAGGACGAAGAGGCUGAUUAUCUACUCCCGAAUGCUGAGAUCACACAGCCAUCGGCCCGUCGACCAAGCCACGCCUCAAUCUUGUCGGUCACUGCUGAUAGUGGAGUGUCUCGCGAAGACAUCUUCUCGGCUGUGGCGGAUUGGAAAGUGUGGUACCUCUUGUUCUGCAACAUCUUAUCUGCGAUUCCGGCCACCGCAUUUGCGGUCUUCCUCCCACUCGUCAUCAAAGGCAUCGCAGGGAGAGACGACCUAGGACCAGCUGCUAUAAAUCUCCUUGUAGUGCCUCCGUUCUUGGCUGGCGCGAUCAUCUUAUGGAUCUUCACCUGGUGGUCUGAUAGACACAAGACUCGGCUGAUCCCGAUCUUGUAUGGGUUAGCCAUUCUCCUCGCUGGUCUAGCCGCCACGGUCGCGCUUCCCACACGUGCUUACAAACUUCGAUACUUGGCCUUGACCGUCCUCUUAUCUGGCUCAUUCGUAGCUUCGCCCCUGACAGUAACAUGGCUGAGUAACAACAUACCCCAGCCCGGCAAACGUGCGAUUGUCUUAGGAAUCAACGGAUGGGGGAAUUUUGCUGGUGUGAUCUCCAGCAUGCUGUUUGCUCCCAGGUUUGCCGAAGAUGGCUACAUCAUUCCCUUCUACGUGACUCUCGCGUCCGUUCUGACCGCAUUCGUCGGCUAUCUCGCUUUCAGGGCUCUGGUUGUUGCUGAAAAUCAUCGACGAAACCGGAUCGUGGCAGAUUGGGACGAUGAAGAGGUUCGACGCGAAGCAAUGUUCGGGGACGGUGCUGUGGUUGAGGAAAAGAACAUGUGGACACUCAUCGCAAGCGUGUGCAAGCUGAACAACCUGCGUGAUUGGGCCGAGGUUGAUAGACUACGGCGUGGAGAUGAGAAGCUUACCUUUGUGUAUAGUCUUUAG